AUGGCCAAAAGCAAACAAAAAGUCAACAACUCACGGGCUGCUCGGCGAGGCGCCUCACCCAGCGUGGAUCUUGACAAGUCCUUGGCGUCUUUGCCUCGAGUCGAGAGCUCAACCGUUCAGCGAACCUCGCUCUUGAUCGACCGUUCUAAUUCUGGCAUCCAAAAGAAAAAGAAAGACAACAAGCGCAUGACAAAAGCGCAGCGCCAACGACAGAUGAAGGGCAUGGAAAGAGCAGAAGCAGUCAUGGAUCAGCUCGAGACCAAAAAGGCGAAAAGUCUCAAUCGAGCCAAAACAAUUCACGAACGAAGGGCCGAUUGGGCAGACAUGAACAAGAAGUCCUCCGCCAUCCUGGCUCUGCACCAGAACGGGGAGCUUGAAGAGAACGAUGAGGAUGACGAUGCCGAAGAAGUUGACGAUGCCAUGACCACCGAGGCAAUUGAACCCAGCAACCCACUCAUGGGCAGUAUCUUUGCCCCUCAGCCUGGGACUGCCGUGGCCAGCACUACCGCCGUGGCCGCCCCUACCACUACCACCCAGACCAUUGUCGCCUCUAGCACUGCGGCCGAGCCCGCGCCCGCCGACGAAUUCGAUGAAAUCACCUGA